UCCAUUCCAGCCGGGGAAGAAAAAAAAAAUCUCACGCCUGCUGCACCUCUCCUUCCUUCCUUCCACCUCGUCGCCGCCCAUGGAGUCCGUCGCGAUCGCCACUACCUCCCGGUCUCUCCCACUCCCCUUCUCCUCUACGCCGCUCCACCGCCGGCGCCGUGCCACCUUCCUCCCCGUCGCCGCCUCCAAGCGCCAAGACGAUGGCGAGGAGGUUGCGAACGGCUCCGGGAGCGAGCCCACCAGCCUCGCGCCGUACGGGCUCUCCAUCUCGCCGCUCUCCAAGGACGCGGCCAUGGGACUGGUGCUGAGCGCCGCCACGGGGAGUGGCUGGACGACGGGAUCAGGGAUGGAGGGGCCACCAAAGGCCAGCAAGGCCGGUGGGGCAGAACGACCGGAGGUGUCAACGCUGCCGUGGUCGCUCUUCACAAAGUCCCCGCGGAGGCGGAUGCGGGUGGCCUUCACCUGCAACGUGUGCGGGCAGCGGACAACCAGGGCCAUCAAUCCUCAUGCCUAUACAGAUGGAACUGUGUUUGUUCAGUGCUGCGGCUGCAAUAUAUUCCAUAAGUUGGUCGACAACCUGAACCUGUUCCACGAGAUGAAGUGCUAUGUUGGACCAGACUUCCGCUACGAAGGGGAUGCUCCAUUCAAUUAUUUUGACAAUAACGGUGAUGGCGACGGCGACAAUAUCUUCCCAGUUCUCUAAGAAAGCCCUUGUUAUGUUCCAGUACAUGUUGUUCUAAUUUGCUCGUGUAGAUGUAUGUAAUAAGCAGAUUUACCUUCCUGAACUUACUAAGACUAUACAGAUGUAUAUAAUUGUACUCAUAGUGCACUUGGCGUGGUGCAAACUUUAUGUAGGUAGCGUAUAAUGCCAUAUAAUGGAAUAGAGAUGGAAGUUUAUGCUGU